AUGUCGGAUUUAACACGAAAUACGCCGGGAGGAAUUCGGCUUGAUCGCCACGCCGAAGGACAGGGCGAGUACAUCUCCAACUCCAUGCUGUCCCGACUCCCGACGUGUCUCCGAAAUAAAGACACGGAAGAGUGGCCGAAAACGGGGUACUUUUCGGGUGGAACUGGAUCCCAUGCCCGCUGCACGCACGAAGUGGUAGGUGCCCAGUCGGGCUGCGAGAUGUGCCAUUGCCACAUAUCGUCAACAGCAGCAUCUGACGACGAUUCUUUAAAGUUGAGCAUCCUACAGGGCGGUAUCAGCGAGCGAGAAGAGCGUCAGGAUCUAGCCAGCGAGCGCGCGGGGUUGCACAGGCAAGGCAAGCCCGAUAACUUAUGGCCGGGCACUCGCAGUGCGCUGCACCGUUUCCGCAUACCAGUCUCCAGUAUCCCACUUCCCUGUCUCGCCGGCGCAGACAAUGUCUCCAGAUUCGUGGCUCUUCCUCGCGAGAACUCCGUGCUGGCGCGCCGGCACAAAUUCCCGCAGAGUGGGAUCUGCAUUCUGCGAUGUGGCUCGCCAAAGUUCACUCGCAAAAUACCAGAGACACGGCACUGGGUCCUGUCUGCCAAUGACAUGCUUGCUGACGAUGCUCCUUUUCAUUUUCCACAUCUCGCAAGCGAGGGCAGAAUCUGCCGAGCGCAGCGCGAGUGGAAAUCAUCGUCUCCUGCUUGCUCCUGCAGCGCAGCGGUGAGCGGAUCUGAGCGUCACUGGCCCGGCAGCAAACAACUAGACGUGCUGGCCGCCAUACGGGCGACUCAUCGACGCCUGCAAAAGCCUGUGGUCAGGAGAUGGCAGACUGAUCGGGGCCGUGACAGAGGUCGUAUCGGGGGCAACGGCCAUCAUGCUGUGCAACGCUCUCCGGCCUUCAACCGCCCAUAUGCCGAUGGCGCGGCGAUUCAUCAGCAGCAGCGCAGAGCUGGGCCAGCCGACGGCUCACUCUCAAUGCUCUCCCAUCGAGGCAGCGCAGCAAACUUCCGUACUGCAUCGAUAAUCGCAAAUUUCACUCUACGAUAUCUGAUACAAAGUUGA